GUCAAUGCUCAAGAUCAAUUCGCAAAAAACAUUUAGAAUUGGUCUAUUAAUCAGUCUGUUGCUUUUGUAGGCUCUUGUAGAUUUUUGUGACUAAGUUAAUCGAUAUCAAUAAAUAUUGCAUAUAAAUCAGUGAAUUAUAUCUUACAUAUAUUUUGAUCUCCCAUAAAAAAUUAUUACAUUGGCAUGAUAGAUUAGUGUACGACUUAGGCAAGUUUAUAAUUUGAUUGACAGUUACUCAAUUAUUUCAUCUUGAUGUUUGACACAUAUUUUAUUCGUUAACAACAUAUAAUAAUGUGGAAAAUUAAUAAUUUCCAUCGAUAUUAAAUAAAAAUGGAGGAGAGAGCAAUGCUAUGGAUGCUUUCUCUCGUUAUGUUUCUUGGCUCUUGCGUAGCAGGAUCAUUGCCAUUAGUUAUAAAUUUGUCAGAAGAUAAGUUACAAUUAGUAUCAAUAUUAGGAGCAGGACUUCUCGUUGGUACUGCAUUAGCAGUGAUUAUACCUGAGGGUAUAAGAGCAUUAUUCACUGGUGGAAUUUCUAAUGAAAAAGGAUUAUAUAGUGAUUUACAUUCUUUAAUUGGAAUUAGUUUAGUACUUGGUUUUGUAUUUAUGCUUUUGAUCGAUCAAUGUUCAGCUAGAAAAAGCGGAGGAAGACAAAAAAGUAUUACAGCAACUUUAGGUCUUAUAGUACACGCAGCUGUUGACGGAGUUGCAUUGGGAGCUGCCGCUACUACAUCUCAAGCUGAUGUUGAAGUGAUAGUUUUUUUCGCAAUAAUGUUGCACAAAGCACCAGCUGCAUUUGGACUCGUGUCUUUUCUUCUUCACGAAGGUGUAGAUAGAAAGAAGAUAAGCAGACACUUAUUAAUAUUUUCUCUUGCGGCACCAUGUCUCGCACUUGUGACAUAUUUUGGAAUUGGAAAGGAAGGAAAAGAAACGUUGAGUAGUGUCAAUGCGACUGGUUUGGCUAUGUUGUUUAGCGCUGGAACAUUUCUUUACGUAGCCACUGUACAUGUUUUGCCAGAAUUAAUGACAAGAAACAAUAAUUAUUCACAUUUGUCAAACAUGGAGAGUACAACGUCUGUAACUGGACUUAAAGUUAAAGAAAUAUUAUUCUUGGUAAUAGGAUCAUUUUUACCCGCGUUGAUUACAACUGGACAUCAUCAUUGAUUAAAAUAAGUACUAAAUAAUAAGUAUAAAAAGAAAAGUUUCUUUUACAUCUGUAAUGUUUAAAAACAUUAUUAUUCUAACUUAUAAAAUA